AUGUCUAAACUACUAAUACUAGUUAUACUUAUCACAGUUGAGUGCAGAAACUCUACUAGAAAACUACGUACCUUCUUCAGAGGAGAGGUGGACAGCUUGUACAAUGUAUAUGAUCCCUCUUAUUUGGCCUUGGUGUGGCCUACGAUAAGAAACGGUGUGCAUUUGGCGGUUAAAAGUGAAUGUUUUGGCGAUUUGAAGGUGUUUUUCAACGAUUAUAGUAGAGGACGCGCUUGGACCUAUAUUGCGGUGGACGCCUCGGGUCGCUACAGUUCGGGUGCCUACAGUGGUCGUCGCCACUGGCUCGGGUCCAAACAGCAAUGCGUGGACUUGCAUAAGAGCAGAAAUGCCAGGGAAGAAAAGGAAGCCCUGGCGAAGUUUCGCGACGAGGUGUACCUCAACGCCGUGCUACGGAAGGAAUUUACCCAAGGCUCUGACCGACCGUUGACAGAGCUAGACAAACUCCACCGGACCAGCGAGUCCCCCGUCCGUCUGGCAUACUCCGUCGUGCGCCUCCACCUCAACGUUACCAAGCUCGCCAUGGCUAAGAGUCUAGAAGUUAUGCAAGGCCUGUGCCUCCCGCGCUCCUGCUCACCAGAAGACGUGACCGCCAUCAUCAACUUCUCCAUCAUGAUCACAGAUACCCUCAAAUCCAACCACACCACCCCCAGAACCGUGAGCGUCAUCAACUCAAGACGCAUAGAAUACACAUAUGAUCCAAGCAACGACUACGCUGCUAUCACCCUAUCAGCUCUCACUUUAGGCUUAGUCAUUUUGUGCAUAAUAGCCACCUUAGUAGACUUCGAAUUGCUGAAAUGCCGGAGGAACGUAUCGGCGAAAACUUUCAACGUCCAAAAGUACAAUAACGAUUUGCAAGGCAUUCACAAACCAAAAGAUGAAUUAACUAUUAACAAUGUAGAGAACUCUAAUAUCAAUCUAAUGACGCUGAAGAAAUAUAAGAACGCAAUGCCUCAAACGCUCGACGUAGUAUCUCUAGAGAAUACUAACAGUUGCAAGCGUUGCGGCAAGUAUAAGAAGCAAUGCGUAAACCCAAUGAAGAGUGAAGCUUACCAACCUUGCCCUCGCGUCAGAUACGAUAACUCCAUAGCUAGCUUGAAAGUUAAGAGGAGUGUAUCCCAGUAUCUGCUGCUCUGUUUCUCUCUAAACUACGGGUGGAAGAGGAUUUUUAAUACAAACAUGGCGAAUAAGGAUCUGUCGAUUAUGCACGCGUUCAGGAUCGCGACUACGUUUUGGGUGGUGUUUAUACAUGUGGCGACCAUGGUCAGUUCUUUGUCAGACUACGGUCCAGAGAUGAACAGCCGACAUAACGUGUUCAUGAUCCUCGCCACGGGAUCCUUGGCCUUCGACACGCUCUUCUUCGUUAGUGGCCUCUUCAGCUCGUACCACUUCUUCUACCUGAAGAGCCAGUACAGCGUCGAGGAGCUGGUGAGCUUCGGCGGCCUCUGCGGUCAGGUCCUACAGCUGUUCUGUUUUAUCACCAACAGGGCCGUCAGACUCCUCCCAUCGUACGUGUACGCGAUCUUUCUCGCGUCCGUGCUGUCCAGGGUCACGCAGGGCAUGUCGGUGCUGGAGCUGCCUGGCGACGCUGACUGCGAUAUCACCUGGUGGCGGAACAUACUGUACAUCACCAACUUGUACCCCCGACGUGAGCGGUGCCUCCAGGUAUCCUGGUACCUGACGAUGGAGACACAACUCCACGCCGCCGGCGCGCUGCUCUGCGCCUUGGCGGUGCGCCGGCGCGUCGCGCUCGCUGUGACUUCUGUGGUCGUGCUGGUCGCCACUGCGGCCGACGUGGCGUCCGCUUUCGGCGACUAUAGCAAACCUAUGGCGGACAUGUUCGCGGCGUAUCACCUGAUGGUGGAGCGGCCGUGGGCGCGCGUGGCGCCGUACUGCACCGGCGUGUUCGCCGGGUGGCUGGUGCGGAGGAUGGACGGACAACUCAAGGUGUCGAGGAUGACGUCCACCUUCCUCUGGCUAGCGUCGCUGUCAGCGCUGAGCGUAGCGUCAGCAGUGCCGUGGGCCGGGCCCGCCUGGGUCACCUGCUUCCUACAUCUGCUCUGGCCCGUGGUGCUGCUAUGGCCCGCCCUGGUGUGCGCUACCAACUACGCUGGGCUGAGCCGUCAGCUCCUGGACUCCGGGCCGGUGGCGGCGCUCAGCAGGCUGUGCUACAGCGUGCUGCUCCUGCACGGGCCCAUCACGAGAACCGUGCUCCUCAGUUUGGAUGGGUCGCUGAGCGCGCAGACCAUGUGCAUUUGGUCCUACUUCGCGGGCACGACGCUGCUGACGCUGGUCGCAUCUCUACUCCUCUCUCUUCUGGUGGAGAUGCCGUGCUGCAGCCUCCUAAGGCGGCUUUCUGAUUGUGCUACCAGUUAAAUAUGCUGUAAAGCUACGUCCACAC